AUGGCGCGACACCUGAUGGCACCUUCUAAUCCCGCCGUGUUCGGUGUUCAAAGCCUGAGAAACACCUUCCAGGCGGUUCUGGCCUCCUUUGAUUCCAGCUCCUACGCCAUUUUCCUUUACCCCGAAGACGGUCUGCAGUUCUACACAACCUUCUCAAAGACAGCCAGGAAGCAAGUCCCUGCCAAGGUUGCGUUCAGCCAGGGCUUGGUGGGUCGGCUGUGGAGCAGCAAUGGGACAGUCAACGUAUUUGCUGAGGACGCAGAAUCGCUCAGAAAUCUGGCCAGGAGCAGCAACUGCGGGCAGCCGGGCGUCUGGCUGUUUGAGAUUGGGAGCCCGGCCGCCCACGGGGUCUUGGCGCCCUCGCCGGUGGCCCCCGGGCUGGACUACCGCUACGAAUACGAUGACGAAGAUUAUGACACGGCGACGCAGCUGGGCCUGGAGAUGGAGGCCGCCACGCUCUCCCCCGUCGAGGCCCGACAGCGGGGGGACAUGGACACACACAAGGUGCCCAGCGUCCUCGCCCCACGCCGCCUGGGCACCGAGGGGCCCGCUGGACGGCCCACGGAGAGAGCCAGGUCCUUCCAGCUGCCGGCGGAGCGGUUUCCCCAGCAGCACCCACAGGUCAUAGACGUGGACGAAGUCGAGGAGACAGGAGUGGUGUUCAGCUACAACACCGACUCCCGCCAGACCUGCGCCAACAGCCGGCACCAGUGCUCGGUGCACGCCGAGUGCAAAGACUUCGCCUCCGGCUUCUGCUGCCGCUGCGCCGCGGGCUACACGGGGAACGGCCGCCAGUGCGUCGCGGAAGGGACGCCUCAGAGGGUUAACGGCAAGGUGAAAGGGAGGAUCUUUGUGGGGAGCAGCCAGGUCCCCGUCUCCUUCGAGCACACCGACCUGCACUCCUACGUGGUGACGAACCACGGGCGUUCCUACACGGCCAUCAGCACCAUUCCGGAGACGGUGGGGUAUUCGCUGUUGCCCCUGGCCCCUAUCGGAGGCAUCAUUGGCUGGAUGUUUGCAGUGGAGCAGGACGGAUUCAAGAACGGCUUCAGCAUCACAGACUCGAGUCCCAGAAAUAAAAAGUCGAACAAUAGCAGUGUCUCGAAGACGCUGAUGAAGUCGCCACUCGGAAAGCUUGUCCCAGGGGCCCAGGCCCUGUGGCCCACUGGGCUGUCCUGGGGGGCCGAGAGCGGGUACCGGGGGCGGCCGCAGAGCUUCUGCGGCCCGGGCCCUGACGCGCUCUCCCGCCUCGCAGUGGUCACCUCGUCCUCCACCCGGCAGUACAGCGUGACGGAGCCCGAGGCGUCCGACGCCACGGUCCACACCUACCAGUGGCGCCAGACCAUCAGCUUCCAGGAGUGCGCCCACGACCCCGCCCGGCCCGCCCCGCCCCGCACCCAGCAGCUCUCGGUGGACAGCGUGUUCGUGCUCUAUAACCGCGAGGAGAGGAUCCUGCGCUACGCGCUGAGCAACGCUGUGGGCCCUGUGCGGGAUGGCUCCCCGGAUGCCCUGCAGAACCCUUGCUACAUUGGCACCCACGGGUGCGACACCAGCGCGGCCUGUCGCCCGGGAUCCGGGACCCAGUUCACCUGCGAGUGCGCCAUUGGCUUCCGGGGAGACGGGCGGACCUGCUACGAUGUCGAUGAGUGCGCGGAGCAACCCUCCGUGUGCGGGAGCCACGCCGUCUGCAACAACCACCCCGGCACGUUCCGCUGCGAGUGCGUGGAGGGCUACCAGUUCUCGGAGGACGGCGCGUGCGUGGCCGCCGCCAUCCAGCGCCCCGUCGACUACUGCUCCAGCGGCCUCCACGACUGCGACAUCCCGCAGCGGGCACGCUGCGUCUACACCGGGGGCUCCACCUACACCUGCUCCUGCCUGCCCGGCUUCUCUGGCGACGGCCGGGCCUGCCACGGUGCGUGGCAGAGGCCGGUGCUCAGCGCUGCUCCGCACUUGCAGGAUAAAGUCAUCAUCGGCCUGGCCUUCGACUGUGUGGAUGGGAUGGUCUACUGGACGGACAUCAGCGAGCCCUCCAUCGGGAGGGCCAGCCUGCAGGGCGGAGAGCCAGCUGCCAUCGUCCGACAAGACCUCGGGAGCCCGGAAGGCAUCGCCCUCGACCAUCUCGGCCGCAACAUCUUCUGGACAGAUUCUCGUCUGGAUCGAAUAGAAGUUGCAAAGCUGGACGGCACCCAGCGCCGGGUGCUGUUUGACACGGAUCUGGUGAACCCCAGAGGCAUCGUCACAGACGCCAUAAGCGGGAACCUCUAUUGGACAGACUGGAAUAGAGAGCGCCCCAAAAUCGAAACUGCCUACAUGGACGGCACCCACCGGAGGGUUCUUGUGCAGGAUGACCUGGGCCUGCCCAACGGACUGACCUUUGACGCCUACUUGUCUCAGCUCUGCUGGGUGGACGCAGGCACUGGCCGGGCGGAGUGCCUGAAGCCGGGUCAGGCCGGCCGGCGCAGGGUCCUCGAGGGGCUCCAGUACCCGUUUGCCGUGACGAGCCACGGGAAGAAUCUGUAUUACACGGACUGGAAGACGAAUUCCGUGGUGGCUGUGGACCUCGCUAUUUCCAAGGAGACGGACGCCUUCCACCCCCACAAGCAGACCCGGCUGUAUGGUGUCACCACUGCCCCGUCUCAGUGCCCCCAGGGCCACAACUACUGCUCGGUGAACAACGGCGGCUGCACCCACCUCUGCCUGGCCACGCCCGGGAGCAGGACCUGCCGCUGCCCGGACAACACCGUGGGGGUGGACUGCGUGGAGCGGAAGUGACAGGGGCCCCUUCCCUCCCCAAGCGGCUCCUGGCGACAGCCCGCAUAGAGCGUCCAGACUGAAAGCCACUGGUGGCUGAUGGGCCUGACAGCACCCCUCCCGGCACCCCAAACGCGCACACACCGGGGGCUUCCGGCCCGGAGAGCCCCCCGCCCCCAGCCCAGGCCAGCUCUGCCACGCCAGGAGGUCCCCUUGCCAGCGUGCGCUGCAGCAAACUCCCCCAGCUCGGGCCCAGGGCGGGCUGCUGAGCCCCCCAGGCCUGAGCACCCCUUCCCGGAGCUCAGCCUCACUCGGAGGUGCCCCACGCCACGGCGCCUCGAAUGUGGCGGGGCCACCAGCAGGGCCUGCGCCCCACCCUUCUCCCGUGGUGUGCUCACGUCCCCUCCUGUGCCUCGCUGUGACAGAUUGCAGCCCCCCCCCGGGAAAACGGGGGUUCGCAGAGCGACAAUGAGCAGGGAGGUCACUGGCGCUUCCACAGUGGCCUCGCUCAUCGAGGGCUUGCGUCAGCACCGCCGUCUGUGGGAGCAGUGUUUGGGGGCGGCCCUGCGGCAUGCCUCAGCCGACGCCAGAUUACAGUCGCUCCCGUUGGCCCAGCGUGCCUGGAGCUCAGCUCUGGGCUCAGCAGCACAGCACCGCCCGCGCCCAGCCCCGAGACCGCACCCAGCCCCACGGCCGGCUGAGGCUGUGCCCUCCGUGGCCGCCGCCUGCCCCCUGGUGUGUCUGCUCGUGGGCGCUCUUCUGCAGCCAGAGGGGCCGGCCUGCCGGGGUCUCCCCGCCCGGGACCCUGGGUGGUUGCUCACCCACGCGGCAGGCCACGCCAAGGUGUGUACGUGGCCCGGGCCCUUUACCAUUGGCUGGGUGGUGCAGGGGCCGUGCCCUGCGUCUCCACGGCGUGCGGAGAGCAGCUCCGGGCCCCAGAGUGGCUGCCAUUUUGUUCAGUCAACUGCCACGCAGAGUCCUCGGGCCGCGGAAGUGCUGGCUGCCGGCUGGGCGCCAGGGCCUGGGCGCAGGACUGGAGUGGGCGUGUCGGAGUCCCCAGAGGGCGUCGCCAGCAGGAACCAGGAACCCAGGAGCCGCCUGACCCGGGGCAGGAGGGAAAACUCGCUGGAGAGCGCGCCUGAGGCAGGGAAGAACGGGCCUCGUUUUCCUUCCUCGGGAGGAGAGUCCCCCCUCAAAGUCGGGAACAGCCCUGAACCCCAGCUCCAGCCCCACCCCCGCCUGGACCCUGCUUGGGCAGCGACGUCCUCUAAUGACCGAAGUGAUGUUGAGCGGCAAAUGCGCCCCCGAGGGCCACAGGAUGGGGCGGGGGCAUGUGGGUCCAUCCCAGUCCAGCCCCACAGCGGUCCCAGCUGCUUUCGUUCCCUGCCGAGCCCCCACACCGAUGGGCACCGUGACUUCGUCCCCUCCUGUAACUUGUAUGCGUAUUACCAGAUUCACUCUGAAGCUGUUGAAGUGGCCACUGAGCUGUGGAACCCACUGAAGGUGCUUACUAGUCGUUGCCGGAGGUGGGCGAGCCUGGGGCGACCCCCUGAGUUUACAGCUGUAUAAAUAACAGGACAGAAAAUAAAAACUCAUUUUGUUAA